UCACAUGCAGAUGCCGCUCCGUCACUCUCCUUGGCUUAUGGGUCGCCGUCGGCCACCGCAAGCCCAUGUGUCCUCCCUCUCGCCGACACGUCCUCCGCACGCGGCCCGCCCUAUAAUCCACUGACACCACCAGGCCCACCGCCAGCUAGGCCCACCCGUCAUCUCUGUGCUGCAGCUCCCCACGACCCCACCUCGUGCUACUGCAGCCUGCUCCGGUAGUCGCGGCGCACGCCUCCCGUCCGCCUUGCCGUUUGAACACUCGAGCUCGAGAGCAAUUUACGGCACCAUCGCAUCGCGCACUCGUGCCACCCCACCCCCCGAUUCCUUCGAUCCCCUCGUGGCGGUGGCGCGUCGUGCGGGCUCUACUGGAGCUAGAUCUCGGAGGAGUGGAAGGGAGACAGCCAGGGAGGGAAGGGAGACCGCGGCGCCGCGCAUUUCGUCGAGCACGAUGAGGGCGCGGUGGGCUGUGACGCUUCUGCUGCUCGCGGUCCUAGCGCUCACCGCGUCGGCGGCGCGGCUGGACCUGGACGACGACGACGACUCGGGCGUGCUGGACGAGCUCCUGGCCAUCGACGAGGAGGCCGAACGGGGCGGGCUGCUGGACGCGGAGGGCGCCGGGGAGGCGGUGCGGCGGGCGCAGUCGAUGGUGCUGGCGCUCGACAAUGACAACGCGCGCCGCGCCGUGGAGGACCACGCGGAGCUGCUGCUGCUCGGGUACGCGCCGUGGUGUGAGCGCAGCGCGCAGCUCAUGCCGCGGUUCGCCGAGGCCGCCGCCGCGCUGCGCGCCAUGGGCAGCGCCGUCGCCUUCGCGAAGCUCGACGGGGAGCGCUACCCCAAGGCGGCUGCCGCCGUCGGGGUCAAGGGCUUCCCCACCGUGCUCCUCUUCGUCAAUGGCACCGAGCACGCCUACCAUGGCCUCCACACCAAGGACGCCAUAGUUACUUGGGUAAGAAAGAAGACUGGCGUGCCAAUCAUUAGGCUUCAGUCUAAGGAUUCAGCUGAGGAGUUCCUCAAAAAGGACAUGACCUUUGUUAUUGGUCUAUUCAAGAAUUUUGAGGGAGCAGACCAUGAAGAAUUUGUGAAGGCAGCAACCACAGACAACGAGGUACAGUUUGUAGAAACCAGUGAUACAAGUGUUGCCAAAGUUCUAUUUCCAGGUAUUACGUCCGAGGAGAAAUUUGUGGGCCUCGUUAAAAGCGAGCCAGAGAAGUUUGAAAAGUUCGAUGGGAAAUUUGAAGAAAAGGAAAUUUUGCGGUUUGUGGAGCUCAACAAGUUUCCUCUAAUUACUGUAUUCACUGAGCUCAAUUCUGGUAAAGUAUAUUCAAGCCCUAUUGAGCUACAGGUCUUCACCUUUGCAGAGGCUUAUGAUUUUGAAGAUCUGGAAUCUAUGGUUGAAGAAAUAGCCAGAGCAUUCAAGACAAAGAUAAUGUUUAUAUAUGUUGACACUGCUGAAGAAAACCUUGCAAAACCAUUCCUCACUCUUUAUGGCCUUGAAUCAGAAAAAAAGCCUACUGUUACAGCAUUUGAUACAAGCAAUGGAGCCAAGUAUCUGAUGGAGGCAGAUAUCAAUGCAAACAACCUGAGGGAGUUCUGCUUAAGUCUUCUGGAUGGCACGCUCCCGCCAUACCACAAAUCAGAACCAUUGCCUCAAGAGAAGGGACUUAUUGAAAAGGUUGUUGGUCGUACAUUUGAUUCUUCUGUGCUGGAAAGUCAUCAAAACGUCUUCCUUGAGGUUCAUACACCUUGGUGUGUUGACUGUGAAGCGAUAAGUAAAAAUGUUGAGAAGCUGGCGAAGCAUUUUAGUGGUUCGGACAAUCUUAAAUUUGCGCGCAUAGAUGCUUCUGUGAAUGAACAUCCCAAAUUGAAGGUGAAUAAUUACCCGACGCUAUUCCUUUAUCUUGCUGAAGACAAAAGCAACCCGAUCAAGCUUUCAAAGAAAUCGAGUGUCAAGGACAUGGCCAAACUGAUCAAGGAGAAGCUGCAAAUACCAGACGUGGAGACAGUAGCGGCCCCUGACAACGUCAAGGAUGAGCUAUAACCUGUAGUAGACAAACUAAGGUCCAGUGAAGGAAAAAUUGCAGCAUGUUUGCGUGUUUUGCGCCAACCUGAUCACAGAGCUCAGCUUUAUUCGCGUGCCGUGUUAAGUUGACUAAAGACAAUGGUAUAUAAUAUAGGUACCUAAAUCAAAGAGGCUUCGGACCCUAGCAUUAGGGAUGGCAAUGGGUACCCGAAACCCGAAACCCGAUGGGUAAAAACCCUAUUAGGGCACGGGUAUGGCGGAUUUUGAUACCCAUGGGUAUUUUAUUGGGUCAUUUGUUAUGCCCAUCGGGUAUGGUGGGCGUGGGUAUGUUCUCUGUUGCCCCAUACCCGCUACCCGAUGGGUAACCCGCUAAUAUAUGACACGUGGGUCCGGAUUUAUGUAUCUCAUAUAAAAUGAAUGCUAUGUUUUGUCCAUAGUUUUGUAGAAUCAAUGCUAUGUUUUGUGUGAUUUGAAAGCAUGAUAUUGCCAUUUAAUGU